AUGUGGCAGGCUUCGUGCUGUGCCGUUGUCGUCACUGGCGGCGGAGACUCCUGUGACAUCAAGAUCAAGGUCAAGAUCAACGGAAGUAAACAGAGCAACGCUGCAGAGUCUGUCACGCCGCCCACGCCCACACAGUGCCCCCACGCCCACACAGUGCCCCCACGCCUCCACGCCCAUCCAGUGCCCCCACGCCUCCACGCCCAUCCAGCACUGCCGGAGGAACAGUGGAAGAAGUACCAGCUGAUGACCGGAGAAAGCAGGGAGAGGCUGGAGUGCCGAGGGGUGCCGCUGCGGUGCCUGGACGAGGUGGCCCGGGAGGAAAAGCACCAGGCCGAGGAGAUGAAGAGGGACAAUGCUGACUUGGUGGACAUGAACCGGAUGGGCAAUGAAAUGUGUGACUUUGAGGCGCCAGACCUGUGUGGGUUCAGCCAGCGCGAGGACGACACGCUGGACUGGACACACGGCUCGGCCAGGGACGGCUCUGGCCUCCUCAACGAUCACACUACCGGGGAUAUUUUUGGCCACUACAUGUACAUGGAUCCUGUACCGCAUGUCGACGGGCAGUGGCCGGGCUGGUCUCCCCUGACAUGGUUGGAGUGCAGGAAGCGUGUGUUGCCUUCAGCUACUUCACCUCACUCCCUGCUGGGGAGAUUGAGGCCCAUCACUCCACCUUGCUGGUGCUAA